GGAGGAACUAAAAUUAUCUUGCAAAAUCCCCACAGGGUGGAGUUUGAGCAGUUAGUUGAAUUUCUCACUUUAAGGCCUGGUCUAUAAAGUUACAAGACAUUGCUGAAUGGCUCACUGAGAAAUUCUGGAAUCUGAGGACCACAUUGGAAUCCAAGUUAAUGAAGAGAUCACUAGUCACAGAGUGAACAGAAAAGGUUAAUUUCAAUAGCACACUACAAGUCAUCUGUGAAAUUUUGUGACAUUUGACAAAUGAAGAAACAGUAUACCUUCCAUAAUACUGGGUCGAACUGAAUGAAUGCUAAACCCAGGAGAAUGUCAUUUCAGAAUAACAGAGUCCUAUCUGUUCUAAGAUGGUCUGUGUGACUAUGACAAUGAAGAAAUUGCUUACAGUUACCAGCAACAGAAUCUUCUUUGGUAUUCAUACUGAAAAAGUACCAACCUUUAAUGUGAAGUUACCUUCAAGAUCAUUCACAAAACGAUUUAUGAUGGAGCCUUUACCUCCUGAGCUGCCAGCAGACACUGUGCGGCGCAUUGCGGCUGAACUAAACUGUCACCCAACAGACCAGAGGGUGGCUCUCCACCUAGAUGAGGAAGAUAAGCUGAGACAUUUCAGGGACUAUUUCUAUAUACCCAAGAUGCAAGAUCUGCCUCCAAUUGACUUAUCUUUAGUGAAUAAGGAUGAAAAUGCCAUCUAUUUUGUGGGGAAUUCUCUUGGCCUUCAACCAAAACUGGUUAAGACAUAUGUGGAAGAGGAACUUGAUAAAUGGGCCAAAAUAGGUGCCUAUGGUCAUGAUACAGGCAAACGACCGUGGAUUACAGGGGAUGAAUGUAUUGUGGGCCUUAUGAAGGACAUUGUAGGAGCCAACGAAAAGGAAAUAGUCCUAAUGAAUGGUUUGAGUGUUAAUUUACAUCUCCUAAUGCUAUCGUUUUUUAAACCCACAUCAAAACGGUAUAAAAUUCUUCUAGAAGCAAAGGCCUUCCCUUCUGAUCAUUAUAUUAUUGAGUCACAACUUCAACUUCAUGGACUUAAUGUUGAGAAAAGUAUGCGAAUAAUAAAGCCAAGACAGGGGGAAGAUCUCUUAAGAAUGGAGGAUAUCCUUGAAGUCAUUGAGAAGGAAGGAGAUUCCAUCGCAGUGAUCAUGUUUAGUGGGGUGCACUUUUAUACUGGACAGAUCUUCAACAUGCCUGCCAUAACUAAAGCUGGACAAGCCAAGGGUUGUUUUGUUGGCUUCGAUCUAGCACAUGCAGUUGGAAACAUUGAACUCCACUUACAUGACUGGGGUGUGGAUUUUGCCUGCUGGUGUUCCUAUAAGUAUUUAAAUUCAGGUGCAGGAGGUCUUGCUGGUGCCUUUGUCCAUGAAAAACAUGCCUAUACAAUUAAACCUGCGUUAGUGGGAUGGUUUAGCCAUGAACUGAGCACUAGAUUUAAAAUGGAUAACAAACUAAAAUUAAUCCCAGGAGCCAGUGGAUUCCGAAUUUCAAAUCCUCCCAUGUUAUUGGUCUGCUCCUUGCAUGCUAGUCUAGAGAUCUUUAGGGAAGCAACUGUGAAAGCAUUGAGAAGAAAAUCUAUUUUACUUACUGGCUAUCUGGAAUAUUUGAUCAAAUAUUAUUAUAGCAAAGAUAAAUCAGAAACCAACGAACCAAUGGUGAUCAUAAUUACUCCAUCCCAUAUAGAGCAUAGGGGCUGCCAGUUAACACUAACGUUUCCUAAUUCUGAGAAAAAUAUGUUUGAAGAACUAUCAAAAAGGGGAGUGGUUUGUGACAAGAGGGAACCAAAUGGCAUUCGAGUGGCUCCUGUUCCUCUAUAUAAUUCUUUUCAUGAUGUUUAUAAGUUUGUCCACCUGCUCACUUCUAUAAUUCACCCUGCAAAAACAAAGAACUAGCAAUGCUUUUUACAGCAACUUGAGAAACUAUCACAAAAAGCCUAGUGGUUAUUUACUAUAAUUCAAAUUUAAUUGUUAAUAGGAUUGCAAAAUUGAUUUAUAAAACUGUCAAUAAAUCAUAUAUUUUAGAGAAAAAUCUGAUUUCUUUUUUUAUCCAAAAGGAAUGCACAUGGAUGUCCAGGUUCUUGGGAUUUGAAGGAACAGAGUCCACAUGAUACAGCCAUGAAUUUCAGAGUCUCAAAUAGGGCUCAUUUUUUCAUCAUCACUGAAAUGUUUUCAAUUGGAUUAUUUCAUAAUUCGUCUAAUCACUUCUUAUAUGGAUUUCUCACAUUAGUAGUGGAAAAUAUUUCACUUUUAGUUCACCAAGAAAUAUGUUUAAGAAUUAUACUCUCUGAUAUAUGCAUGUUCCAAGUAAUUCCAUAUUUCUAUAUAUCAACAUCUCUUAAGAGAAUAUAUUUCUCCAUUUUUCAAUAGAGAGCCAGUUAUGCUGCCAUUGAUGCUUCCCUUACAGUGCUAUUUCUCACAAUGGAAGAGUAGUAUUUGGAAAUUGAUUUUAUUAUAUAUCUAUCUAUAUAGCUACAUAAAGGUAUACAUAGGUAUAUAUGGGUAUGUUUAGUGAUAUCAGUUUUAUGAAUAUUUUGCUAUUAUUUUGACAAUUAUUACACUAUUUUACCUUAGUCAAUAAAUAUUGGUUGAAAUACAUACAUAUACAUAUAUAUGUAUAUAUGGAGAGAGAAAGAGAAAGAGAUAGAGAAGCAUAGACACAUGGAAAUUAAGAGAGAGCAAUUUCUUUCUGGGCUCUCUGUACUUUACAAUUUGCUAAUUUUCUUGCUUCUUAUCAACUCCACACUACCUUAAUUACUUCAACAUAGCAGAACCUAGCACCUGGCAUGCGUUAAGAUUUUUAUAUUUCAGCUUCUUUUUGUAAAGAGUACUUUGGCUAUCCUUGGCAUCUUUACUUUUAGUUAUAAAUUUAGAAUGCAUCUAAAUAAAUUUAGAAUAAAUUUAUUGUGCUCCAUAAAAUCUCCUGCUGGGAUUUCAAUUGAAUUGCAAUUAAAUUUUAGUUCUGUUCUAUAAGAAUUGACUCAUUUCAAUGUUUAUUCUUCCUAGUAAAGACCAUAACAUUUAUCUCCAAUUAUUCAUGAUUUCUUUAAUGUUUCUCAAAAAGUUCUAUUUUCCCCAUUAAGACAUAGAACAUUUAUAGCUUAACAUACUUUUAAGCAAUUUAUAAUUCCAUUGUAUUCCACACUUUGUCUUUCACAUAAAAUGUAAAUUUUACCAGAUAGCUUGCAUUUUGUAGACAUGCAAUUAGCAGAAACAUUUUGAUAUUUUAAUAGUCAAACAUCUCUUUAAUAUUAGUCAUUUAAUUGAAGAGUCUUGGUGCAGGAAAUAGUUGUCUACAAAUAAAUACAAUUUGCCCUUCCUUUA